AUGAGCCGCCGUUCCUCGCCAGCGCCGCUGGAUGACGGCGACCUCCUGGAGGAGAUCCUGCUCCGCCUGCCUCCUAAGCCGUCGUCCCUCCGGCGCGCAUCCAUCGUCUGCAGGCGCUGGCGUGGCAUCCUUGCCGACCGCCGAUUCAUUCGACGCUUCCGCAAACACCACCGGAAGCCUCCUCUCUUGGGCUACUUCGACAGAAAAUAUGAAGGGGCCGACUUCACUGCGAUGUCAGGGUUCACCGCCAAUAUGACCUCUAUCCCUCGUCUUUGCCACCUCAACCUCGUCGACUGCCGCCACGGUGUUGCCCUUUUUCUUGAUCAUGCACUCUGCGAGAUCCUCGUGUGGAACCCUAUCGCCGGCGUCCGGCGCCACGUGGCUUUUCCACCUUGGCUCAACAAUCGCUGUGAUUGCGUGGUCGAGACUUCCGCAGUGCUCUGCUCCGCCUCCGACGAUCUCCCGGUGCAUGGUGAUUGCCAUUUGAGCGCAUUUAAACUAGUAUUGGUUGGGGAAUAUCCUAACCAAGCAAAGGCAUUCACAUGUCUCUAUGAAUCCAAGUCUGACACAUGGAGAAAAGUUAUCACGACAGCGGCUCGAUAUGCGGUUUAUGUGAACAGGCCCAACGUCCUAGUUGGAAAUACACUUUGCUGGUUACUUUACAGCGCAGACCUCCUUCAGUUUGAUUUUGGAAAUCAGAAGUUUGUUGUGAUUGAGAAGCCAGCAGACGCCUAUGCUCAUGUCAACUGUUAG